AUGACUCGCUGUGUGGUGUGUGAGAAGGAGUCAUCCCGCUACCGUUGUCGUCUGUGCCGUAGUGCCUACUGUUCUGCGGCUUGCAGCAAGGCACACCGCAAUCUGGAGAGACCCGACUGCUGCGUGGGACUCCAGCAGCUGCAGAGGGAAGAAGAAGAAGAGGAACAGAAAGAUAAACAAGUUUCGCAGUUCCAACAACAACAAGAAGAAGAAGGACAAGAACGACAACAACAACAUCAGGAGAGUGGUACAGUUACUCAUGCCCCAUGCAGUGAGGGAUCAGGUGUAAAGCGAACACGCGCUGCUGUUUCGAGUUCCAUAUAUGGGGAGAAGGACGGAGACGGUAAUCUCGUCAUUCUCGGCGAGGCGCACUUGUCGGCGUUGGCCAACGAUGUUAACAUUCGCAAGAAACUUCGAACGGAAGAACUGCAGCGGUUGUUGCGUGUUAUUGUCUCAAGCCGUUCGUCCAUCGAUGCAUUGGAGGCGGCGAUGGCAAACACACCGGAGUUCUUGCAGUUCUGCCACGAGGUGCUGGGUGUUGUGUCUACUACGGAGAGAAAUCUAGGCGUGCGGAAUCUCUGA